AUGUCAAUUGUGAAACAAUCCCUUUUUGCUGUCGCAUUGUUGUCGGUUGCAAUGGUCGAAAGUGCGCCAGUGGUGAGUUGCGGGAACCGGGAACAUUUGGGGAACUUUUAAGUUUGAGAGCAGGUGAAUUUUGAAAGUUAAGUCACAAAAGAAUGAAAAUUCGGAAAUUUUUAGAAACUUUUAGAGAAAUUAAAUUGUGGUGUAAAGUUUUGCAACCGAAAUUUUAAAUUUGAAUUUUUGUAAAAAGUUUCCGGGUUUUUCUAGCCACGUUUAUGACUUUUAAUUGAAAUUUUCGAAAAAUAUGACUUUGGUGCCAAAUUUUUCAGAUAUUAUUUUUGAAUUUCAAAAUUUUCGUAUCCUCGUAAAAAUCAGAAGCCCUUCUUUUUUCAAACCGGAACUUCUGAUUUUUGGCGCCGAAAAACACAUUUUAACAAAUUUUUUUUUCUCAAUUUUUUUUUCGAAAAUCAAAACCAGUUUUUUCGUUUUUUUUUCUGGAAGCCAAUUUUAUUUUAAAAAAUAUAUUCCAGGAAAUUUUUUUUUUCAUAUUUAGAAGCCAACAUUUUUCAUAAAUUAUAAAUAGUAGUUUGAAAUUCUUUUUAAAAAAGUAUAGAUGGAUUACUGUAGCUCAAAAUGCAACAAAUUCAAAUUCAAAUUUCCGGUUUCAAAAUAAAUUUUUAUCAUUCUCAUUCUAGAUCAUUUCCGUUUUUUCGUGAGCCAGAGAAAAAAUAAAAUCAUCCUUUUUUGAAGUGUGCUUGGAAGCUUAGAAGUGCAAAUUGAGAAAUCUCGAGAUUUCUACAGUAUCCCAAGGAUUUUUGAUCUUUUUUCGGCUGGAAAAUAGAAAAUAUUGAAUUUCUCUUCUGUCCAUUCUCUCUAUUCACACGGCUCAAUGAGCAAGAAUGCAUUAUUCUUCUUCUUUUUUGGGCUCAUCUGACUAAUUAAGCCAUUUAUUAUAUAUUUUUCUAUAGAUUAAUUAUAAAGAAAUGCUGAAUUCAAGAGAAAUAAAAAUAAAAAUUGUCGUCAGUAGUGGGGAUCGAACCCUGCUGCAAAACUUCAAAGCGCGUAGUUUUACCACUGCACUACGCUCGCAUCAGAAAACUUCCGGUCACUUUUCCAAUAUAAGAAAUUUGCAGGAUUCAUCAAAUGCAGCAGCCGUGACAAAAAAGACAUCGAAAAUCGCAAAAACAAAAAGCUUCGCGACAAAUUCGCCGCGACGCGCAAAACGCAGCAACAUUGUUGUUGAAGAAGUCGAAGAGGAUCCAUCGUUAGGUGCUGAAUUAGCUGAUGAAAUAGAAGAGGAACAAUUAUUGAGAGAUCAACUGUCAGGUUAGCUAGGAAAAUGGGAAGGAAUUUUGGAAUUAAUUAAUUUUUGACUUGUUGGCGAGGUCAAGCGGAUAAUUUUGAGUAUAAAUAAGGCAGGGGAAAAUUGAAGCGAAUUUGCAAGUGCGCUCUACCAUACAUCAGUAUCCCCGGAUUUUCGUCCGGAGGGGGUCUGGCUAACUUUGGAAAAAAGGGGUGGGGACCGGCUAACUUUUUGAAAAAAUACCAAUUUACCCCCCAAAAACCAAGUUUUUUCUCUUUUUUUUGAGGGGGUCUGGCUAAUUUUUGUAUUUUCACAUUCCGGGGGUGGCUAAUUUUGAGACCCUGACCGGGAGAAACCGAUGUAUGCGCUCUACUGAAAUCAGAUGAAGUUUGAAAAUUGCAACCGCGCUCCACUGCAAAUCCCGCAAUCUCCCCAAAAUAUUCAAAUUUUUCCAGAACUCUCUGACAAUCAAUUGGCCAUGUUGGCCGAAUACGUGCAAAACGAGAUAAAUCGCUUCGAUCCAACCGUUGAUGCAUAUGAAAUUAUCGAAAUUCCAGAAUAUGGUGAGUUUUGGAGCAUAAAAACAAAUAUCCUCAGGGCUCUCAAUAAGAGCCGAAGCCUGUGGAGCAAGUAAUAAUUAUUGUUUUUUGCUCGGCUAAAUAUUUACUAACAACACAAAGGGCACGGCUCAUUUUCUAUCCAUAUUAUUUUUCUAGAAAAAAAGAAAAGAAAAAAUAAGCUCCGCCCCUUCCGCACACAAUUCACGGCGCCUCGCUUUUCCCGCGAAACGUCGGGCGCUGCAAACACAUUUAAAACCAGCGUUUUCCAGUUACACGUCGAAACCGUCGUGCAGCAAUUCCUGAACAAGUGUAUGAAAUCGAAUUGCCAAGAAGCGAUGCUGAUUUGAUAGCUAGAGCUCAAGCUGAAGCUCUUGCUCAACAACAAGAAGCUGAAGAGGAUCAAGAUGAAAUUAUUUUUGUGCCAGAAGAUGUGUUUUUAGAGGCGGUGGCUCAAGAAGCCGAAGAAGAGGAGGCUCAGAAAGCGGCACUUGAUGAAUAUGAAUUAUCGCAAAGAAUAGCUGAAAUUGCGGCGAUUUUGAAUGAAAGAGCCACAAGAAGAGUCAGAUAUUUCUAA